AUGGCCAGUACAGAAUACUCAGCUUCGGGGUACACCAGUGUGGCCCCACUAUUCACUGAGGUCUUCAGUAUAAACACCCCUGCUGGAUUUGCACACAUGUUUCGAGCUCUGGGUAAGCCAUAUACCGGUCUGAUAUGGUCAGAUGCCGGCCUUGAAAUCGCUACUGAAAAGCUCAACUCUGGUGUCGCAAACGCCAUAACCGAGUUCGACAUCGGCCCCAUGCAGAGCACAAGCUCGUUGAGUCGCAGCCUUAGAGCAGUUCAGAGAAUCAACUGCCCGGCUUUCGGAAGCCGUACUUUAUCCGUUCUGUUUGAUGGAAUUCGAUUUCCAGAUGUCGACUACUGCUUCUAUGUGUCUGAUGGAAAUCUCUAG